AUGUCAAAAAGUAAUUUUCAGCCACCAAAGCUAAAGGAAAAAGCAAAAUGGUCAGCAACAUUCCAUAAUUUUGUCAAAAUAGCACUUACAAAAAAUCCAAAGAAGAGACCAACAGCAGACAGACUUCUCUCUCACAGCUUUGUGGGGCAGCCUGGUCUCUCCAGGUCCUUGGCAGUGGAGCUGUUGGACAAAGUGAACAACCCCGAGCACCACACGCACUACGGCGAGGUGGACGAUGACGAUUUUGAGCCCCACUCCGUCAUCCGGCACACCAUCCGCUCCACCAACAGGAACGUGCGUGCCGAGAGGACAGCGUCAGAGAUCAACUUUGAUAAGCUGCAGUUUGAGCCCCCUCUACGGAAAGAAACAGAAGCUCGGGAUGAAAUGGUUGUGGCAGCUGGCAGUGACUUUGCUUCACAUUGGAAUCCUUUUGUUGAUGGAGGCAAUAAGGGACUGCUCACAAAAUUUGGAGAUGGGAGUGAAGAUGUUGAAGAAUCGACACUGAAGCGAGCUGGGCCACCCCCUCUGCCCCCCAAGCCAAGGAUGAACAAUUACCCCGAGGAGAACCUCCCUGAUGACAACAGAUGCCAGACAAUAAAACACUUCCCAGAGUGCCAGGGCAGAGCCCCAGCAGCCCACAGGAGACAGAGCAUCCCAGCCUGUGGGCCCCAGGCAGACUCCUGCCCCGUGGGGAUGACCAGCAGCAUCAGCAGCCCUGGGCUGCUCACAGCCAGAUACAGCGACUUGGGCAAUGGCAAUGGGAUGCUGAAACACAUCGAGGAGAACGCAGAAGGACCUGGACAAAUCCCUCAGCUGCCGCGGAAAAAGGAGAAGAGAGAUUUCCCUAAACCAGCAAUCAAUGGUUUGCCUCCAACUCCAAAGGUGCUGAUGGGAGCCUGUUUUUCCAAAGUCUUUGAUGGUUGUCCUUUGAAGAUUAAUUGUGCAACUUCAUGGAUACAUCCAGAUACUAAAGAUCAGUACAUCAUCUUUGGCACAGAAGAAGGGAUCUACACUCUGAAUUUGAAUGAACUUCAUGAAGCAACCAUGGAACAGUUAUUCCCUCGAAAGUGCACCUGGCUGUACGUUAUCAACAACACCCUGAUGUCCCUGUCAGAAGGGAAAACAUUCCAGCUCUACUCCCAUAAUUUAAUAGCAUUGUUUGAACAAGCCAAAAAAACAGGAUUAGCUGCUCAUAUUCAAACCCACAGAUUUCCUGACAAAAUAUUACCAAGGAAAUUUGCCUUAACAACCAAGAUCCCUGACACAAAAGGAUGCCACAAAUGCUGUAUAGCACUUUGACUUCCCGCUGCCCAGCCCGCUGCACGUGUUUGAGAUGCUGGUGAUCCCGGAGCAGGAGUACCCCAUGGUGUGCGUGGCCAUCUCCCGCGGCAGCCAGCCCGGCCAGGUGGUGCACUUCGAGACAAUCAACCUCAACUCUGCCUCCUCGUGGUUCACCGAGAUCGGGGCAGGUGACCCAGGAGAUAUCUGAUGAAACCAGAGUUUUCCGCCUGCUGGGCUCAGACAGAGUGGUUGUGCUGGAGAGCAGACCCACAGAAAACCCCACAGCUCACAGCAACCUCUACAUCCUGGCUGGACAUGAGAACAGCUACUGAGCAGCCCCCAGCCCAGCCCCAGAGGGAGCUGGGAGCCAGGAGCAGCAGCAAACCAGGACUUGGCUGCUCCUUGUCUGGCACUGUGCUGGGCUUGGGGUGGGAAUCAAUCCAUUUUUGCAGCUGGGAACAGCUGGUUCUGUCUCUUGCCACUGUGUGGUUGGUUAUGUCGAGUUUGCUUAAUAAAAGCUGAGAUAAAGAGCCCUUUACUCGUUAGUUCUAGGGAAACAGAGCCUUGAAACGUGUUCUGCAGUAAAGGUGCCAUAAACUGUUAAAUAUUCCCCUUCCCUUGGGUUUUCCUUUUAUUCUGUAGAUACAGAUCUAGUGCUGGUUGUUGCCCUCUUUUAUACGGAGUCUUAAUAAAACAAAGAUUUGUGUAGGAAGUGAAAGUAUCUGCAAAGCUUUUUGGUUUUAAAUCUGCCAUUGGGUAUGGCUUUGUAUAAUAGACUAUUUAAUCCUUAUUUAUUAAUCUGCUGCUAGGAUGGGGUAAUGUCUAACUUUUAGCAAAGGAAGGUUGCAGAGCAGCUUUUUUUUUUUUUUUUUUUUUUUUUUUUUUUUUUUACAAUUGUAUAAAGAUUUGAUUAUUCUUUUUCCUUGUAGGGAUGUAGUGCAUUACUGAGGGGUGUGUUACCAUGUUGGGUGAUCAUGUAAAAAAAUGCGGUUUUGUACAACAAAGUAUUUUGUACUGAUUUUUCUGCCUGCAGAAUUGCCAUAAAAGGGAUUUUCUUACUUCCUAGACAUAGGGUGUGUGUACACAAAGUAGAAUAUUGAUAUCAGACCUGUUGCUCCUGGGUGCCUGUGUACAAUAUCCACGUGUGUGUGCGUGUGCAUGUGUGUGAAGUUGCCUGGCAGUGUGUAUUUUUUAUAUAUAUAUUUAUACAUAUAUAUAUAAAAAUGUACAAAACAUAUAUGCUUUAUUUUCAUAAAUUAGGGAUAAGCCUUGUGACAUGAAGUGGAAAUUGUAGCAGGUCAUCAUCCUUAAUGAAUGAAAGUAUCAUGUAUCCAAGUGGCCACGACGUGUGGUUUAUUUAUGCUGCUGCAGAGGGGAGCUGGAGCCACAGCUGAGGCUGAGCAGCUUUGCAGCUGCUGUGCUUUGGGGAUGGCUGCUGCCCCAGCUGGGAGUAUAAAUAAACAUGAUAAGAACCAUAUUCUGUAUCCAAGCUUUGAUCACUUUCUGGUCACCUGCAUUUUUUUUUUGUUUUUCCUUUCUCUUUUCUCCAUUGAAGAGUCGCAUCGGUUCCUUUUGUCUUCCUCAUUAAUUAAAAUUCUUGAGGUACCAUUCAAUAUAGACUGACUCCAGGAGAGAUCUGGUUUUACUACCUCACAUUACCCUGCUGGCUUUGAUGUGAACACUCCUGGGCAGGUGCAGAAUUCCAGUGCUCACAAACACUGGAAUUGAAAGGUUUUUUAAUGAAAUGCCUGUUCAGCUCCUGAGAUCUGCUGCCUAGGAAGGAGAGGCUGGAAUUGCCAGGUCAUUUGAGCAGAGCAGGAGAGGUGUGUGAGAGCUGGGAGUGCUUUGGUGCUGUGUUGGCAUCCAGCUCCCUGAUCCAUAAUUGAGCAGGGAGGAAUUGUCUGGGCCCACGGGAUGGCUCAGGGACAUCUCCUGACUCAGGCCAGCUGCAAGGUGGGAAGGGGCACAGGGGAAAACAGCCCUGCACACACUCAGCAUUUUAGCCACUGUCACUCACAACUAAUUCUUGCUGACUUGACAUGCAAAUCGAGUCAAGCUUUUCAGUUCUGACGCUGUGUCAAAGCUUAAUAAGUACUAAGUGUACAGAGGAAAUUUAUAAAUCACUCCACAGAGCAUGAAAAAUGUGCUUUAGGGGUGGUCAGCUGGAAUUGGAAAUGUGCUUUAGGAGUGGUUAGUUGGCUCAGCAGUAUUAAAAGCAGGACGUGUGAUUUUUGUCUUCUAAAAGAGUUCUCUAGUGUUGAAAUUACUUCUCCACAGGUAACAGUGACUGGUGAUUAACCUCAAAUGGUGCCUCUCCUGGUCUUUAAAAUAAAAAUUAAGGUGAAGUGAAGCACCAGGUGUAGAUAUUGUAGAGCAAACACUUUUUAAUUUACCUCAUUCACUACAGAAGGUAAUUUCAGCUUCGUCUUUGAAAACACUUAAAGGAGAUCUCUAAAAGACUAGAGAAACCUGUAAAUAAAAUCAGAAUAUUUAUGGGGAAUAACUGGAGUAAAUAACUCUUAGGUCAUGACACUGUCAUGCAGGAAUAACAAGCAGAAAGUAUUUUUCUUUGACAUGAAUUGCUGAUGUUUUGCUGGAUCCUAAAGAAUAAACUUAGGAAAAUCCUUGUUUAAUCAAACCUUUUUUAGCUGUUGAAGCAUUUCUAAUGGCAUGUUGUGAAAUGCUUAGUGCUGGUUUCAUAGACAGUGGCAUUUUUUGGCAUGAUGCUGUUUCCCAGUGUAAAACCUCACUUUUGUUCUGUACCACAGAGCAGAUUUGUGUGUUCCAGCCAGCCUCAGUGACUCUGAUCAGUAUAAUUUGUGUUUGACUGUUUAAUUUAGUCUGGUAUUGUCUGUAUCUUUGUUUUUGUGGAAUUUAAACCAGGCUUGAGAAAGCCUAACAGGGGGAGCUCAGGGGUGAUGAAGCAAAACCUUCCUCAGCCCCUCCUUCCUCGCUCAACAUUUAUCAAAAUUUUAAUUAUUGGAUGCACGAGGUCAUGUACCCAACUUGAAAGCCUUAAAACAGGCUCCCAGAGCUCUUGGAAGUACAAACAGCAUAGGAAGAGCAGUCUGUGGAUUCAUCUCUUUGGAUUUCUCACCAAAUUCCUUGCAAGUGAAAAAUGCAGCUGGAAUUGUGCUGACAUCUCUGUGAAGAAGAAAGGUACAACGCAUCAGGGGAGCCACGGUGUCUCUGGAUGGAAAGGACCAGACUGGGAGACUCUGAAAUGUGCUUUUUUUUUACCUUGUUUAGUCCUUAGGUGUAACUGAGACUCAUAACUGCACUCGUUCAGUUUGUGUAACCAGGCUUUGUUCCACGGGAAUUUCUGUUGCAGUUCAGUCUAUGCCAAAUAAACUGCUUUAUUUGA